CUCAAGUGACCAGCAUGAAACAUAAAAAUUGCAGUUUUAUUUUUCAUCUGCUGAUUUCAGCCUUGGUAAUCUUCAAUCUGGACGCUGAUACAGGUGAAGACUCCGACUGUUUCUCUGAAAUCAAAGUAAGCCGCAACACAAAGUAUGAAGCUGUUCUUGGAGAAGAUUUCAGGAUUGCAUGUCCAGUUGCUUUUUGUAACGCUGCACCUCCAGAAGUCCGGUGGUAUAAAGGUGUACAUGAGGACCUUCGAGCCAUCAACAGGAGUGAUGGACACACUGAAGUGGAGUGGGAACCUGAAAAAGAAUUUGCAGGAAAAUCCUAUUUGAUCUUCCGAAACAUUCAAAAAAAUGAUGAAGGUUAUUAUCGGUGUAGGAUCCCAGGCAGUAUAAGUCACAACAUCAACGUCAAUGUUAAUGGCUCUGUGAAGAUGGUUCACAAUAUCAACGUCUCUGUCAAUGGUGAUACAGAGCUCACUACAGCUCCAGCUUUGACUCCAGAGAGCCACACGCAGAGUGUUUUCUGGCAUUACAUGCACCGAGUUAUAGGAAUCCUUGCUUUUUUCACUGUCGUGAUAAUAAUAUGCGUUACAUCCCAUCUGCUGCGUAAAGGAAAAUCCCAAAACACGGCAGCUCCAAGUCUCGGGCCUUCCGACCCCAUCUACGAAAAUGAACCCGUAGCAUCUGUUUCUGCACAGCUGGGACCCUCCUGAACCGUUGUUUAUUUCUGUUUAACUGUUUAUUUCGUGCUUCUGAAUUCCUGUAACUCGUGGGAAACAACUAUCUUUUAAUCCAGUGACAGGAAGACUGAGUGCACGACGUGACAGCCUGACUGUUGAGGGUUCUGUUUCCUUUUCAGAUAUGUUUGUGGUUGUACCCUGUGCAAAAAUUACUUUCAAAAGUGAUUUUUUUGUGUUCACUUUUCCUUUUUAUUAUCUCUGUCGGUUUCUAUAAAAGAGGUGUUUCUUUUCUUGGGCCAGUAUGUGAUGCACAUUUGAGAGCUGACGGGAAACAUUUAAACCACGUCACAUGUACAAAUGUCAAAACGUCGCGUGAAACCAAUAAACUGUCAAGUACAUAAUCUGUUGUUCAAUUUAGAUCUAAAAACUGAAUUAUAUAUUUUUUUAAUGUUAUCGUUUGGUAAAAAAUCAUUAACAAAACAACCCAAUCUUAAAAACAAAUGUCGUUCAGCCAACAAACAAUUAAACAAUUCAACUUAAUUCCAUCACCUCAAGCCACUUUUUACUGGAAAUACUGUAAAUUCAAAUUAUAACGCAAUUAUACUCCAUUUAAAUCCUCCAUCUCAUUACUAAUUAAACCAAUUCAAGCUCUUAAAAUGCCAAUUACUCAAAAACAAAAAGGAAGUGAUACAAUUUCUUUGACUAACUCUGAUUCAACCCACCCUGGCUUCCUGGCUUCCUGGCCAUGUACGAGAAGGCAGUGGGAAGAGAAAACACCUAACAGGAACAAAAAUAUGGCAGGCUAAUUUGCAGAAUAGACCUAAGACAUGAGCAAUAGCAGUCAGAAAAAAAGAGAUAUUCAAUUCUUUAAAAAAAACAUCUGUUUCUGAUAGUUUUGUUUAGAUUUAUUUGGGUCUGUAUUGUCACAGAUCCCUGCAUGUUUCAUCAACCCACUGAAUGGAGUCACUUCAGAUACCUCAAUAAAUGCUUUCAAACA